AUGCCACGAAAUCGUAGUUUUAACCAAAUUUUAGAUUCUAUUACAGAUUCAGAAAGUGUAGGUUCUAAUAUAGCUGAAACUUCUAUGUUAACCCAACGAAAUACUCAUAUUCCUUGUCAUUGUUUAUCAUAUACAUAUAAUGGUAAUCUAGUUUCUCGACGUACAAAAGCUCAAAAUGAAUUAGAAGAUAUGAUACAACAGGAAGGAGAAGAAAAAAGUGAAUCAUUUACAGAACAAUUAGGCAGAUUAAAUUUAA